UAUUCGCAACGCGUCGGGGGAAUGAGUGGUGAGUUGCUGCGCACUCACGGGAUCUCGAUAUGAGCCAACUCAAAGCUGCGGGCAAGUUUGCGUAGCUGAGACAUGCUGUUGACCGAGUCGUCUAUUCGAAAGCGCAUUGCACAUAGAUGUGAGCGACAUCAGGAGAUCUACUCGUAUCUAUCUAUCAGCCGCGCCAAGCACCCCGCCACUCCACACUCCAGCCAACCUCAAGCCCCCCAACCCUACCCAACCAUGCCAUCACCAGCACCACUACCUUCCUACAUCAAAACGCGCAUCCUCAUCCUCUCAGACACGCACUCCGCAUCGCCUCUCCAGAAUGCCUCCAAUACCCACACCGCCUUCCGCGCGCCGCUCCCCAAGGCAGACGUCCUGCUGCACUGCGGUGACCUAACCAUGGUCGGCCUUAUGCGCGAGUACGAACAGGCAUUAGAGAUGCUGAAGGGCAUUGAAGCAGAUCUGAAGCUUGUGAUUGCGGGGAAUCACGACAUUAGUCUGGAUGAAGCGUACUACAAAAGGAAGGGACAGCAUAUGCAGCGAUUGAGAGAGCCAGAUGACGACAUGCCCAUGAGAGCGAGGGAGUUGUGGACCGGGGAGAAGGCUAGAGAGGCGGGAGUUACUUAUCUGGACGAGGGAACGCAUAUCUUCACGCUGAAGAACGGAGCGAGGCUAAGAGUGUACGCAUCCCCAUACCAGCCCGAAUUCUGCGAUUGGGCGUUCCCCUACUUCCGCAAUCAAGACCGCUACAACCCGCCCCACCGAUGCACGCCGAACGCCGUUCCCAUCGCGGAGAAGCCUGUGCCCGACUUCCUAGACAUCGAUGUGAUGAUGACGCAUGGCCCACCAAUGGGUAUUCGAGACGAGGUUGCGCGCGACGAUCACGUCGGCUGUGAGCAUUUGCUCCGAGCGGUGCGGCGGUGCCGACCACGCUUGCAUUGUUUCGGGCACAUACAUGAGGGAUGGGGCGCGGAGAGAGUGAAGUGGAAAGAAGGCGAGGAGCUAGAUGCCAAAUGGCAACAGCAUGUUGAGAAGGCGGAGUGGGUAGAGGUCGAUGAGGAGAAGAUGGCUGAGGAGAGGGCGGCGUUUGUGGAUAUUAGUAGGAGCGGCGCGCGACCAGUGGAGUUCGGAAAGGAGACACUGAUGGUCAACGCGAGUAUUAUGACGGUGCAAUAUAGACCCGUCCAGGCCCCUUGGGUGGUAGACUUGGACUUGGAAAUGGCAGAGUAGCAGAGUUUCACGUAUUGCUCUGCUCCAAUGCCACACCGUCAAAUACCCAUCAAGGUUUGAUUGGCCAUUUACUGGAUUUCUCCUUCUGUGGCUAACCCUUUCCAACCCCUUGCACCAACGGCAUGAAAGUUUUGAUCUCGCACAAGUCGGCGGCAUCGAUAUAUGCGUCCCGCUCGUACUGUACCACGGAGAAACUCUCUAUAAACGGCUGUUCCCCAUGCAGGAGCGGCGACUAAGACUCCGCCCUGGGUCUGAUACCAUCACUUCCUACUUCUAAUCGCGCACAUUGUGGU